AUGAACAAAAAACCAUUCGAGUGCAAGGCAGAAGGGUGCAACAAAAGUUACUGUGAUGCUCGCUCCCUACGCCGGCACACAGAGCAUCAUCACACCGGGAGCAAGGUGAACGCUGCAGUCCUGCAAGAAGCUGGGUUCUCACAGUCGUUGGACUCGCCCGGUUUCUCGGAGCCGGUCACACCCACGUCCACUUCACUCCUUAACAUGGAACCGGUGACUCCUACAUCUGCUGGCGUGGUCAUACUGUCGUGCUCGAAUUCAACACCUGAAGCGAAGAUCAAGGUAGAGUCGCCGACUGGUGGGGAAUCCUACUCUCAGCAACAGCAUAAUUCAGUUCACUUGUCUCCUACUGUGACUUCUACAUCGUCAACCUCCUCUGCUACUGCUUCCUCUGUGAAGCUUACUACCACCACUACUGUGCACAAUCAGGCAGACUCCAAAUCGCCUACGCAGCAUAAUCAUCAUCAUCAUAACCAUCAUGCCAGUCAGGAGAAUCGGCCCAAGCAAGAAAGAUCGUAUGCUACACAAGCAGGUGACGGCAAUGAAGGGCUGACAGCUGAACAGUUGGCUCUCAUCCAGCAGAUCAUGGAACAGACCCGUAGAGCUGCAGAAUUGGUUUCCGAGAGGCACGGUUCCAGUGCUUCAUCUACAGUUGCAACAGCUGUGAUGCCUACAAACAUCACUGUUACAGCUCGGAUGGCCACAUCUAUUCCAUCUGGUGUUGCUGCAACUGCUACAUCUAUCACUGUCCUUCCCCCUCCUCCUCCUUAUCCAAGUCAUCAUCAUAAGUCUCCAUCUGGGCAAGGGAGGACCAUUGUACUUCACAGCAGUCCUGUUGAUAAACAGUCUGACAAGGUGACCAUUCAACAUGGUAUUCUCUCGGUCCCCCCCAAGAUACAACCCAAAGGAAUGGAGAAGAAACCUGAGGCUGACUCUGUCACUCAGUUACCUGGUGCCAAUGCCCUGAGUGAUCUUCUUCAGAGACGGCUGUUGAAGAGAGCUCAGCGCAUCCUCUCAGAUCCAGGUGAUGACUUGAGCAUUCAGUUGAGCAACUUGCAAGUGCCAAAUCUCAGCCUGGUUCUUGGGGAAGAGCUAUCGCCAAGCUCAAGCCCUGGAACUGGUCCUCACACUCUUUCAUUGUCAUCCCAUAUCACUGACAACUCCAAGCCCCCAGCAACCAAAUGUGACACUCAGCUCUCAAGUACUCAAUCUCGGGACCAAAGAGGGAAACAUGAAGCUAGUUCCAAUACCUCAAAUGAAGAUGCAUUUUAUCAGACUCAGCUGAGUGCAAGCCUUCUGUCUGAAGUCCCAGUCUUGAACUCAGAAGAUCUGCAGGGCCUAGACUGUCACUUGGACAUGCCACAUUUUCAGACAGAAGUAAAGAAUGAGUCCACAUCUUCCUUGAUGAAUCUCCUCCAGGAACAAGUUUCAUCUCACCUUUUCAAUUACCAUGACCUGAUAGAAUCUGCUGCACAGAAGUUGCAGGCAGAAAAUAUUGACCUCUUGCAAGCAUUUGAGGAAUCCACAGGUCAACAUUCCAAUGCAGCAGUUCAGUUCCCUAACCUGCUCCCAUUGGAGCUGACAGAUGGAGACCUUCCAAAUCCAGACCUUCCUCGUGAUCUCCCUCAAGCUUGCUUGGUGUCUUCCACCACCAAAGCGGAUGGCCAUCCUGUCUUGUCUCCUCUUACAAAGAGUUCCCAUUCUCCCUUGCAAUCUCCCUGUCAUUCUCAUCCUUCAUCUGUAUCCUCUGUAGUCCCUUCCAGCAGCCAUCACUUUUCUCCAAUUCCAUCCCCAAUUGGACAGAUCUCCCAGGGGAAGGAUGACAAGUCUCGUGCCUCUCUGCCCGGCAGUGUCUCGGCACCGUGCCUAAGGCUGGCUUCUCCUUCGCCUUCACCCAUGUCAACCCAUUCGUUGCCUGAGACUCUCCUCUCAUAUCCAUCCAGCCCCCCCCCUACCAGCUCAUUGUCUUGGCCCAACGUGUCUUCUAUGGAGAAGCCCCAUGGUGGCGAGAACAGCAAGGGAGUUGACCAAAUGAUGUCCACAGCACCUGAUCUGUCAUCAUGCUUGAGUGCUGAGGAUUUGGACGAACUUCUUGUUCAUUGCACAGCAGCUCGAGAUGUAAUCCUCAACAUGGAUUCAAACUCAAAAUCUAACACACGGUUCCAUAGUACCAGCAUCCUGCCAGAUGAUACAGACUUCCUCCUCAAGGGUGACAGCCGCUCCAAGCACAUGAGCGAAUCUGAUUUGUUCUCGCCCCAGGAUCCACUUCUUCAUGAUGCAACAGGACUAUCUCUCCCAAUGGUUAAGAUUGAAGACAAUUUAGGGUCAUCCAUCACAUCACCCAAGAUGGAAGUCUCUUAUGACAAUGAUGAUGUCUUCCUCAGUCCUUCCAGCAUUGCCUCAACCUUGCAAUCAGUACCUGUAUUGAAAGCAAGCCUUGACCCUCUGCCUAUCCUAUCAUAUCCCAGUUCCUCAGUCACAUCCACAUCCAUUUCCAGAUGCACUGGAUCAGGACAUCGGCCUGUAAAUUCCCAUCGCUUUCUUCCUCAACCAUAUACCCCUCCUCCUAUGCUCAAUUCCUCACGACAACUUGUAUCUUCCUCGAUGUUAUCUUCAUCAAAUACAUCUGUUGCUACAGCCUCCAUGCACAUAAGUGUGACUCAAUGGAAGAGGCAGUCGAGUACUGUCAUUGAUUGUUUGGGAGAUGAGGCAAUGGAACCUUCUUCAAGUGUAGAGGGGGACGUUGAACCCCAUAUCAACAUUGGCAGCUCCUAUCAGGCAAUCAUCCCUCCUUGCUGCACUGAACCAGGGAAAGUUAACAAGGAAGAGGAGAAGGGUGAUCUCCUCUGGAGCCCCAUCAUUGAAGAACGGCACUGUUCCCGUUGGGAAGUUGACCGGUACCUGAAGUUUGCCUCAAAUGCAACAUCACCUGCUGGUGGUUGUGGAGUUGAAUAUGCCCUACACAUCCUUUGCAUAUGUGUGGGAAACAUUCGACAAGCAAUGUUGUACCUCCUGCAGCCCUGUCCCCCUCUGCCAGUAAGCCAUCCCCUCCCAAGGCUGGCUCACCGUGAGUCUGACCGAUGGACUCCACAGCAGAUGGCUGCAUUCAAACAAGCCCUAAGCACCUGUCAUAAAGACUUCCGAACUAUUGCUGCUCAGGUACCAGGGAAGUCAGUUGCUCAGUGUGUUCAGUAUUACUAUCUGUGGAAGAAGAUUUGCAGGGAGGAGUACUUUUCACUCCUAAAACGAAGAAAGCCUACUUUGAAUGUUUUCUCAAGGACUGCCUCUCAUCAAGAAUAUGGGCAGAGAGCUGGAUGCACAAACCAAGAGAUGCAGCAGCAGCAGCAACCAGAAUGUGCAGAUUCACAGCCUCCACCCCAACGUACCUUGACCUUGAAUGCUCAGCUUUCCAUUUCUGGACCUUUAUCUCCUGGCUGUGAUGGCUCUUCAUCCAGUCAUGCUUCUGAAUACCCAUGUAAAACAUGUGGCAAAAUUUUCAACAAGGUGAGGAGUCGAAGUGCCCACAUGAAGUGCCACAGGCCUUCGGAUGCAGGAGGAUCCGAGCCAAAGAAGCCCAAGCUGGAACGUAUUAGUCUUGAUAGUUUCCUAUAACUAGAACGCGUUUUUUUUUUCCUAGCUCACUUGUUCCACGUUUUUACCCUUGCUGGUUUUUAACCUCAUUGGGUGAGACAUAUUCCCAAAAAAGUUCUCCCCUUCUUAGUGAUGGUGCCAUUCCCGGUGUGAGGUAUGGGGUAGAUGUUUCUCCUCAUCAGAUAUCUGAUAUGUAUGGUAGUCUCUAAUGUCUAUUCUCACUCCCACUGUCAACCAGGACAGUUUACAUGCUUUUCUUCGUGUGCACAAGUGUGCAUUUUCAUAUUGUUGAUUCAUGUAAUUUGCUUGUUCUCCUCCAUCUUGUUCUUCCAUAUCUCUCCACCUCCUGUCUUUUUUUCCCCCCUUCAAAAAGCUCAUCUACUUUGCUAACUGACAAUCGCAGUCCUCGUGUCUUAGGAUGCAAUUUGUUAUUUUCAGAGUAUGACAAAGAAAUUUGCCAGUAUAUUAGAAGCAUAGCAUCAUGGGGUAGGGAAUCGCAUGGGACCAUUCAGGCUCUUAUAUUUUUUGUUUUUCAUUUCAUCACUUCUUUCCUAUUUUCCUUCUAAUGCGUCCGGUCAUCCAUUCCUGUCGUGUGCAAGCGUCUCAUGAGGCAAGCUCUGUUGAAAGAUCUCAGCCAGGAACCACGCUGCAUGUGAGCGUGUCAUUGGGGCGAAGGAACCAUUCUUCUGUGAUAAAUACCAGUUGUGGACCAAGUUUCUUUUCAUUCUUUCCUGCAUAGAGUAGACAUGAAAGCAGAGUCUUCUCCUACAAGGAAAUCCACUGGCAUGAAACUUUAAAAUCUGGGGAAAUUUUUCUUUUUUGCAUGCCAUGCAAUAAUAAAAUGCUCUUUCCUUAAAGGAAUGAAAGGUUCCCAUUAGAAUUUAAUACCUAGGGAUUAGGGAUUUGAUGCCUAGAAAACUGAGACCACUUCAUGUGUUUUCCCAUGCGGUUCCCUCCCAGAUUCUAGCUGAGUACAAUCAUGGUUUCUUGCGGUUGUGCCAGGGUGCUUGAAUGCAUAUCGCAUGCAUGCAGUAGCCCUCUGCUUCCUCCUUCCUAGUCAGCACCUCUCAUAUUCAUCCAUACAUUCAUUCAUUCCACAGUCCAGGAGGCUUUUAAGUAGGAACUUCUAGUCAUUCAAAACCGCCAAUGCACGUCUUCACGAUGCCAAAGGGGUGCUGAUGGAGCUCAAAUUCUCUAGCCUUAUGUCAAUACCACAGGGAAAGCAAUUUAAUGAGUUUUUACUUCUGUCUUCCAACCAGUUUUUCCUUCUAUCUUUUUUUUUUUGGGAAGUCAAAUCCCCUAUUAAUGUUUUUCCUCACCAUUUUUGGACCAUCCUCUUCCCAGGGUGAGUUUUCUGCUUUGCUGACCUUAGCUCCCUCUCUCACUAUUGAAUGUGUCUUAGACAUCAGUCAAAACUCAGAAUGUCGUGUCAGCCACAGCUGGCCUGUGAAUCUGUUUUAGUUUUUGGGUUUUUUAGUUUAUUAAUUUAUUUAAGGCAGCUUGAUGUGGUCCUAGGUUCUUCCUUUCACCAAAGAUAAGUGCCUUGAGUAUUUAAGAAGAGGACCUAUGAAGAUAUUCAUUCUCGUACUCGAUUCCCUGCCCUCUCUCAUGGAUGGUAGGGAAACAUGCAUUGACUUAUAUUGCUCUCUGAUCCAUGUGUUCAGGCAUUGAGUGCUUGCCAUGAUUUUUCGUAUUUAUUUUGCCAUGUCGUUCACAGCAUGAAGUUUUGCCUCGGUGGAUUGUCUACUUCCCAUGCCCACAGCUACUUUGUGUGUACACAAGCGAUGCACCAGAUAGUGCAGAGAUCCCUCUAAUAUUUAAAAUUCCACUUCUCAUCCACAGAGGAGUUCACAACAUAUUUCUCUUAUUCGCAUCUAUUCUGUAUAUUCAAUCACACUCUGUUCAGGUUUUUGGCUGAGCCCAAGGGACUGAAGAUACAUUGAAUAUCCCAAGCUUUCAUACCUUUUCACCCUUUUUUUCUAAUCCAUGCAUCAUUCUCGACCAAGAUUUUCUUUGUUCUCAUUCAGGAAUGAAUUCUGCAUAUGGAUCGUUACAGAGGAGAUUGAAUCUUUUGUGGGUUUUGUCAUUCCCAGGGAAAGGCUAUGAGUGCUAGAAAUUCACCUUCAUUGAAGGUUCCCUCAAAUCUUGAGUUUUAUUGGGUUUUUUUUUUUCUCUUGCAGUAGGUGCUUUUUAUUGUCGUGAUCCUUGAACCUACCUUACCCACCCU